CUACUUAAGUCGUCGUCAUUUCGUUAGACAUCUGGAUCGAAUUUCACUUCAUUUACUGUAUCUGAUCGUCUCUGAUCGACUCUUUAAGAGUCGCCAGCUUACAGUAAGACCAUUUCAUUUCGGAAAAUUAGUUAAAAUGGGAGGAAGUGCAUCAACUCCUGCCAAACAAGAAGAUGAGACGAAAGUCGUUGCUGAGGCCGACCCUGUAAUUGUCGUCCCAGAAAUUGACAAACUUUUAGAUCGAGAUCCUUACUUGAAACUUCAUGAGACUGAAAUCCGACGCAGGUAUGGUGGUUUUGACAAGUUAAGGAAAGAAAUAUGUGAAAGUGAAGGAGGCAUUGAUAAAUUCACAACGGCUUACAAAUCAUUUGGCAUUCAUAUUAAUGAAGACAAUAGUGUUACAUGUAAAGAGUGGGCACCUGGAGCUCGGCAGUUGUAUUUAUAUGGAGAUUUCAAUGGUUGGGAGAAAACUAGAAAUCCAUUUGAAAAACUCGAUUUUGGAAAAUGGCAGUUGCAUCUACCUGCAAAUUCUGAUGGAACAUGCCCCAUCAAACAUGGCUCAAAAAUUAAGAUUGUUGUUGAAAAUGAUGAUGGAGCGCUGCUGGAUAGAUUGUCUCCAUGGGCAACUUAUGUGGUCAAACCACCAGUCAAUGAAGGAUGUGCAUACCAACAGGUUGUUUGGCACCCACCACAGAAAUAUGAGUUUAAACAUCCUCGCCCGAAACGACCUUCCAGUCUUAGAGUCUACGAGUGCCAUGUCGGAAUCGCUACCAUAGAUGGAAAAGUUGGAUCUUACAAAGAAUUUGCAGAAAACGUUAUCCCGCGCAUCGUGAAACUUGGUUACAAUGCUCUUCAACUAAUGGCUGUUAUGGAACAUGCUUAUUAUGCUAGUUUUGGAUACCAAGUUACCAGUUUCUAUGCAGCCUCAAGUCGAUUUGGUAACCCCGAGGAGUUGAAGGAGUUGGUGGAUCUAGCUCAUUCUCAUGGUCUCAUCGUUCUUCUGGAUGUCGUCCAUUCUCACGCUUCCAAAAAUGUAUUAGAUGGUCUCAAUCAAUUUGAUGGCACAGACUCGUGCUUUUUCCAUGGAGGUGCUCGAGGUGAACAUGCAUUAUGGGAUAGUAGACUUUUUAACUAUUCAAGUUGGGAGGUACUUCGCUUUUUACUCUCAAAUCUAAGGUGGUACAUGGACGAGUAUCAAUUCGAUGGCUUCCGGUUUGAUGGAGUAACAUCUAUGCUUUACCAUUCCCGUGGGAUCGGGCAAGGGUUUAGUGGAGAUUACAACGAAUAUUUUGGGCUCAAUACCGAUACCGAGGCUUUAUGUUACCUUGCUCUGGCUAAUUAUGUGCUCCAUGAUAUUUACCCCGAUGUCAUCACUGUUGCUGAGGAUGUGUCUGGUAUGCCAGCUCUAUGCAGACCAGUAAGUGAAGGUGGUGGAGGAUUCGAUUAUCGUUUGGGAAUGGCUAUUCCAGAUAAGUGGAUCCAGUUGUUGAAAGAGCAUAAAGAUGAAGACUGGAAUAUUGGAAACUUAGUCCACACAUUGACAAACAGACGAUGGAUGGAGAAAACCAUCGCGUACGCUGAAUCACACGAUCAGGCCUUGGUUGGUGACAAAACAAUUGCAUUCUGGCUGAUGGAUAAGGAAAUGUACACACACAUGUCGGUAUUAUCAGACUCAUCGCCAGUCAUUGAUCGCGGGAUAGCUCUGCACAAAAUGAUCCGGCUCCUCACACACGCUUUGGGCGGAGAAGGUUAUCUAAACUUCAUAGGAAAUGAGUUUGGACAUCCCGAAUGGUUGGACUUUCCUCGCGUUGGCAACAACGAGUCGUAUCACUAUGCUAGGCGGCAAUGGAAUCUGGUCGAUGAUGAGUUACUCAAGUAUCAUUAUCUGAACGAUUUCGAUGCUGCAAUGAACCAUUUGGAAGAAAAAUACGGAUGGCUUAAAAGUGAUCCGGCUUACGUGAGCACAAAACACGAAGAAGACAAGGUCAUCUCAUUCGAUCGAGCUGGUGUGGUAUUUGUCUUCAACUUUAAUUCAACCAAAAGUUAUACAGACUACCGUGUUGGCGUACCAACCGCAGGGAAAUAUCGUAUCGUGCUAGACUCGGAUGACAAGAAGUUUGGCGGUCACGGACGAUUGGACCAUAAUACCGAUUUUUUCUCCCUUGAGGAACCUUUUGGAGGACGUCCUCAUUCAUUGAUGGUGUACUCCCCAUGUCGCACCUCCUUUGUUUUGGCUCGUAUGGAUUAAUUUGGCGAGUGUAUGUAGACUGUUAAUGUAGGUAGCUUUGGGAAGUGAAACAUGUCACAAAGUUUUGUUCAGCAUGCUCUAUUUUUCCACUCUUUAGUUUGGAUAUGUUGGUGUUGUUUUUAAUGUGGGCAAGGUUUCUGUUAAAUGUUGUAAUAGAUUAAAUAUAACGCAAACUUAAUAUGA